AUGUUAAGCUUUAAGCCAACUUUUGCACUCUCCUCUUUGACUUUCAUCAAGAGGCUUUUUAGUUCCUCUUCACUUUCUGCCAUCAGGGUGGUGUCAUCUGCAUAUCUGAGGUUAUUGAUAUUUCUCCUGUCUUACCACCUCCAAUCCUGUUUUAUCACAUGCUCCUCAGUUUCUGGAAAUUCAUCCUCCCUUUCCUGCUACACAGAUCGAACCUCCUCACCCACCUUUCCAAUGCUCCUGUCUUCUAGUCCCUCUUUCUUCUGCAACAUCACUUCCUACAGCUCCCUCUGCAAAUCCUCCUAG